AUGGGGAUUGAAAAACAAGGCUCUAGAGGUGGAAAUUAUGUCGGAGGCUUUCUUCAGAUGUUCGAUUGGCAUGCAAAAUCUCGAAAAAAGUUGUUCUCGGGCAAAUCCGAUUCAGCUGGGCGAUCCAAACAGAAGAAAAGAUGUGAUGGAAACUUGCCAAGGACCCGGCUUCAGAUGUUGGAAGUUGAUGAAAUUACAGCUGGAUCAUCAUCAAGUAUAAAAGAAGGCAGUGAUUAUAGUUGUUCUUCAUCAGUGAUGGAUGAGGACUUUUACGAGACAAAGGCCCCGGGGGUUGUUGCAAAGCUUAUGGGAUUGGAUUCCUUGCCGAAAUCCACUCCACUUACCGACUUUCAGUCCCUUCAUACUCCAAAUCAUUACCACCAACAAACUCAGAAAACCGAAGCUUUUCAUGAUUGUAACACGAAAUCUGGCCGUUUGCACGACUUGCCUGUCCAUAAUGCUGUGAAGAUGAUAAACCACCAUCAUAAAGUGAUCAACCGGCCCAUCGAAAAAUUCCAAACCGAAAUCUUGCCGCCAAAAACUGCCAAGUCGAUACCCGUCACCCAUCACAAGCUUCUGUCCCCGAUAAAAAGCCCUCAUUUCGCGCCAUCUAAGGAUGCAGCUCGAAUAAUGGAGGCCGCCGCUAGGAUCAUCGAGCCAAGAGCUGGUCCGAGCGAAAGGACGAAACUGCCCCCGUUUGGGUCCUCUUCGUCGGCCCCCUUACGCGUGGCGGAGGAUCUCAAGGAGAAAGCUCGACCGGCCCGAAAACCUCUGUCAAAGGCUUUCGAGGGUUCCCAUAAAAAUUCUGAAGCUAGUAGUACCGUCAAGAAUCUCAAGGGGCAGUCCAUGAACAAAAGCUGGAACGGGUCAUUGGGCCCGGAGAAUAAGGGAAAGUCGAUCUCGCUCGCGUUGCAAGCGAAGGCGAACGUCCAGAAACGAGAAGGCAUGCAUGCAGCAAACAAGAAAGAAACGUCUGAGGUCAGUCCUAGUAAUAAUAAUAGUACUACUAAUCUCUACAGAAAUCAACCUGUGGUGGCACAGAAAAAUAUUGCAAAGAAGCCUAGUGGUGGCCCAAACGUCAUGAAUGUGCUUCGCCAGAAUAACCAGAAACAGAAUUGCAUGACCGAUAGGGGACAAUCACCAGUAAAAUCCAAAACGAAUGUCGCGAAAAGCAAACUUGGUGAGAUGUCUAGAGUUAGUACUAGUUCGAAAAAGUCGGGCUCUGAGGUCAAAGACGAUAAGAACAAAGCGUUGUGUUCUUCUGCCUCUAGCUCGGGAAUAGUUGCUCGAAAAAAAAGAUGCAUGGAUGGGAAUCACAACUCGGAGAAAAGGGAAGCUGGUAAGAACUCAAAUGCCGUUGGAUUGGAUAAGGAUAGGGGUAAAGGUGGAACAGACGUUAUUUCCUUCACUUUCAAUGCCCCAAUGGCACGAUCAGGAUUUAGCCACACGGGGCCUGCUGAGGGAAACAAGAUCUUUUCGGCGGGUUCUCAGAGUAAAAGGUUGUAUGUUGGGGGUAAUAUGAAUAGUGGUGAUGCAUUAAGCAGUCUCUUGGAAGAAAAGAUUAAAGAGUUGGCUCAAAAGGUUGAGUUUUCCAAACACAAGUCGGGUUCUGGUUUACACGAUACGAUGGUAUCUGAUGGGAAUGCAGUAUUUGGGUCAACCGAGACGGAAGAUAAUAAAGCUGUAGAUGAAAUGGACAUAGAUAAUCAGGAGUUGCAGGAAGAAUUUAGCAUGACCGAUAGCUACAUAUCUCAGGCUGAUAAGUCACUCGAUUGUCGGCUUCCAAGUCCAGUUUCAGUUCUUGACCUUUCUCCUCAUGCUGAAAGUUGCAAUUCUUCAGACACUGCAGAAAGCAACAUUGUGGGAGGUAACAAGCAAUGUUCAUCAUCGAUUCAAGCUCAAGAACUGCUCGAUAUGUAUUCCUCGAAAAUGUUCCUCACAGGUGAAGGAGAUGCUGAAUUAUCCGACUCGGCAUCGUCAAAUUCUACAGGCACCGUUGUGAAAUUGCAAGUGAAAAAAAACACCCUUGGACUUGACUAA